AACUCAAUUUCACAAUUUCUCCACCAAAUUUUGCAAACUUUGUAUAAAAUUGAAGGUCUUGGAGAGGAAAAACCCAGAAAUGGGUUCUUGGUGGUUCGGGAAAGGAAAGAAAUUGUAAGGGGCUGACCUUGUGACAAUCAGAUGGUUAUUUUUAGUACAUGAAAAUUAUCAUAAUCAAGUGGUUUUAGUUGGGUAAACUUUUAAAUUAUCAUGUCCGUAUCCGUGAUGGUUGUGACCAUUUUGCAAGCAAUAGUCAAACGACAGCACAUUAGCGACCGAAGAAUGGUCGUUUUCCUGUUAAAUUUAUUAAAUUACGAAUUAUAAUUACAAAUACUGUUUUUGUUUUCGUUUUGGGCAUUUACACUUUCAGAUUACAAACAACAAGAACAAAUCGCCGAAGCUUAGUUCACAGAGACAGAGAGAAAGGAAACCUUAAGGAAGAAAAAGCAGCAGCUAUUAAUCAUGAUCUCUCAGUUCUUUGUUCUCUCACAGCGAGGCGAUAAUACUGUCUUUCGCGAUUGUGAGUUCUCUAUUUUUUUUAUCUGAUGGAUCUGUUAUAAAAUCUUGUAUAACCCUUGAUAACUUGUAAAUUUCAUUCGUCUAUAUUCAUAGCCAGUUCGAUUUUCAAUUUUAAUGCAAUUGAUCCAGCUGCUAGUGUAUUUAAAAUGUAUAGAUUAUAGGUUCAUGCUGGCAGCAAAUUGUUGGCGCGUCAAAUGGCGCCACACACUGUAUAAAUAAACGAUCUGACAUGGUCUUGGUCUUCCUCAGCUUCACUUUGAAGUUCGAAUAAAACAUACAAAUACGUCCUAAUAGCAAUCAUCAUCAGGAAAAGCACGCCCGUAGAUCUAAACGGUUAAUCGACCCUGGUCCCGCAAGAUGGUUCUGGUAUCGGCAGUACGAGAUUACAUAAACCGGAUGCUGCAGGACAUUUCCGGCAUGAAAGUUCUCAUUCUCGAUUCCCAAACGGUUAGUGUUGUAAGUGUUGUGUAUUCACAAUCAGAGCUUCUUCAGAAGGAAGUUUUUUUGGUAGAAUUGGUAGAUUCCAUUUCCAAGUCGAAAGAAUCAAUGUCGCAUUUGAAAGCAGUUUACUUCCUUCGCCCUACAUCGGAGAAUAUUCAGCACUUACGUCGCCAACUGGCUAAUCCUAGAUUUGGGGAGUAUCACCUAUUUUUCUCCAACAUGUUGAAGGAUACUCAGAUUCAUAUUUUAGCUGAUUCAGAUGAGCAGGAAGUUGUACAGCAAGUUCAGGAAUUUUAUGCAGACUUUGUUGCAGUUGAUCCAUAUCAUUUCACAUUGAAUAUUCCUUCAAAUCACUUUUAUAUGCUCCCAGCAGUUGUGGAUCCUUCUGGCUUGCAACAUUUCUGCGAUAGAGUCGUUGAUGGUAUUGCAACAGUUUUUUUGGCAUUGAAGCGAAGACCUGUUAUUCGAUAUCAGAGAACCUCUGAUAUUGCAAAAAGGAUAGCACAGGAAACUGCAAAGUUGAUGUACCAGCAGGAAAGUGGCCUCUUUGAUUUCAGGCGAACAGAAGUUUCUCCUCUGUUGCUUAUAGUUGAUCGAAGGGAUGACCCUGUGACACCUUUGCUGAAUCAGUGGACCUAUCAGGCUAUGGUUCAUGAAUUAAUAGGAAUUCAGGACAACAAAGUAGAUUUGAGAAGUAUUGGAAAAUUCCCGAAAGAUCAGCAGGAGGUUGUGCUAUCAUCAGAGCAAGAUGCAUUUUUCAAAGCUAACAUGUAUGAAAAUUUUGGAGAUAUUGGAAUGAAUAUCAAGCGGAUGGUGGAUGAAUUUCAACAAGUUGCAAAGAGUAACCAGAACCUCCAGACAAUAGAGGAUAUGGCCAAAUUUGUUGACAAUUACCCCGAGUACCGUAAAAUGCAUGGCAAUGUUUCCAAGCAUGUGACAUUGGUAACAGAAAUGAGCAAGAUAGUUGAAGAGCGAAAACUCAUGCUAGUUUCAGAAACAGAACAGGAGUUGGCUUGUAAUGGUGGGCAGGGCGCUGCUUUUGAGGCUGUGACUAAUCUGUUAAACAAUGAAAGUCUAUCUGAUAUUGACCGUCUACGCCUGGUGAUGUUAUAUGCUCUGCGUUAUGAGAAGGAGAGUCCUGUUCAAUUAAUGCAGCUUUUCAACAAACUGGCUUCUCGAUCUCCCAAGUACAAGCCUGGGCUUGUCCAAUUCCUCCUGAAGCAAGCCGGUGUGGAUAAGCGAACUGGGGAUCUUUAUGGGAACCGGGAUCUUUUGAAUAUUGCUCGUAACAUGGCCCGUGGAUUGAAGGGCGUUGAAAAUGUAUACACCCAGCACCAGCCUCUUCAGUUCCAAACCAUGGAAAGCAUAAUCAAAGGGCGGAUGAGAGAUGUGGAUUACCCUUUUGUUGGAAAUCACUAUCAACAGGGGAGGCCACAGGAUGUAAUUAUUUUUGUUGUUGGUGGGACAACAUAUGAGGAGGCUCGCUCUGUUGCUUUGCAAAAUGCCAGCAAUUCUGGAAUUCGUUUCAUGCUUGGUGGUUCUGUCGUUCUUAAUUCAAAGAGGUUUCUGAAGGACCUUGAAGAAGCUCAGAGGAUAGCUAGAUCGAGCACUAACGUGGUUUGAAGCUCAUCCCUCUCGCCCAACCAUAUGCAGCUAUUCGAGAACCAUGUAGAUAUUUGUUUGUGGCUUUACAGAGACUAUGAUCAAAUGACUAGAAAUGGUAAAACAGCGACUUAGGUUGCUACAAUAGAUUGAUAAGAGAUGUCAACCCAUUGUUACUGCAUUAGCAGCAGGUUUAAUAUUCACCCACCUGCAUGGGGAGUAGUUACAAAAGUGAAGAGUCAGAGAAAGCCUAAAACCCUGUCAAAUCAUGCUGUAAAGACGAGUGAUUACCUUUCCGAUCCUUAUACAGCCUUGCAAGAAACUCAAUAUUCCAACUUUUAACCAAUUUUGGACAAACAUCCCUUCCAUGGCGACAGCAAAAAUUUGUAAUGCUUUUUUUCAAAAAAGAAAAAGGAAAAAGAGGAGAGAAAUGUAAUUUCACAAAUAAAUUAGAAACCUAAAUUUCUUUGAAGUUACACUGCGCUCAUGCGGUAAAGAAGGAUGAGGUGAACACUAAUUGACGUUUACAAUCAAAUUCUUGUUUCUUGA